UUUCUGAGUGCUACUCAUCAGCUUUCUGCAGAAAUGGCCCCAGUGCUUCGUGCUCAUCUGGUGACUCUGGUUCUGCUCUCGUUCAUGCUCAGUUUGGUUGCUGCUGGGAAGCUGCUGGUGGUGCCAUUGGAUGGGAGUCAUUGGCUCAGCAUGAGGGAAGUGUUGGACAGGCUCAGCCAGAAGGGACAUGAAGUAGUUGUCGUUGCACCUGAAAUCAAUGUACACAUAAAGCCAUCAAAGAAUUUCAUUAUGAAAAUGUACCCAGUCCCUUUCACACAGGAAGAGCUGGAUCACACUUUCUGGAGGACAAGCCAGGAGGUAUUUGAAGACGGAACUUUUUUGGAAAGAUUUCUUAAAACACAUGAACGAAUGAAAAAUGUUUCUGCAACAUUACACUCUACCUGUACACACUUGCUGCACAACAAGGAACUUCUCAGUUACCUUGAGGAGAGCAAGUUUGAUGCUGUCUUUACAGAUCCAAUACUACCCUGUGGGCAGAUAGUGGCUGAGUAUCUUUCACUCCCUUCUGUGGUUUUUCUGCAGCAAAUACCAUGUGGUUUAGAUUCUGAAGCCACUCAAUGUCCCAAUCCCCCUUCUUACGUCCCCAGGUUAUUUACAGACCUUACAGACCGCAUGAACUUUCUCCAGAGGGUGAAGAACAUGCUCUUUGAACUCUCAAACUAUCUUCUCUGUGAUUUUGUUUUUCAACCAUAUGCACAACUGGCUUCUGAGUUUCUCCAGAGGAAAGUGACUGUGACAGGUCUUCUAAGCCAGGCUUCCAUUUGGCUCCUGAAGAUAGAUUUUGUUUUGCACUAUCCAAGACCAUUGAUGCCCAACAUGAUUCUUAUUGGUGGAGUAAACUGUGCUCCCAAGAAGCUAUCUCAGGUG